AUGGCUCUUAGUGAAUGUGAAGCUUCUGUCACCCAGGAGCUUCUAGAGUCAGAAGAGGAACAGCUAAAGGAAUGGGUAGUUAAUCCCUUGAUGGACCUUCCUGCCUGUGAACUCCACAGGCUUGGAGAGAUUGCAGACCUAGUGAUGUCUGUUCGCCUCUCACCCACCCGUAAGGAAAAGCUAGCGCUGGCCUUGAAGAAUGAAGACUAUAUUCCAAAGCUGCUACAGCUUUUCCAGGUCUGUGAGAGUGCAAAGAACACCAAAGGCUUGCAUCUUCUGUUUGACAUUGUGAGAGGAAUUUUGUACCUGGACAAAGCCAUUCUGUUUGAGGUGAUGUUUUCUGAUGAGUGUAUUCUGAAUGUCAUCGGAUGCCUUGAGUAUGAUCCUUGUUUGGCUCAGCCAGGAUGGCACAGGGAAUUCUUGACCAAAAUAGCAAAGUUUCAGGAGAUUAUUCCUAUCAGAGACCCUGAACUCAGGAAAAAAAUCCACCAGAUGUCCAGGGCACAGUGCAUUCAGGCCAUCAUCAUGCCUAAUCCAUCAGAUUUUGAAGAGGGCUUUCUUUCUACCCUCAAUUCCUUCAUCAGCUCCAGAAGAGAGGAGAUUCUACAUGGGUUGAAGAAAGAUGAGGAAUUUUUGCCUAAAGUUUUUGCGCAAUUAACAAAUGAAGCUACACCUGGUGAGCAACGAUGUGAGUUGAUGAAGUUUCUCAAGGAGUUCUGUGCCUUUUCUUUCACAUUACCUGAGAAAAAAGAAUUUCUUCAAACUUUGGCAAAGUUGGGAUUUCUUCCAACUCUCAAAGUGCUAAUGGGAAUGGAUGAUCCUCAGGUUAGAUCUGCUGCUGUAGAUAUAUUGUCUUAUCUAGUAGAAUUUAGUCCAGCCAUGGUCCGAGAAUUUGUAAUGCAAGAGGCCCGGCAGAGUGAGAAUGAUACCCAUCUCAUCACUGAGGUCAUUGAGCAGAUAAUUUGUAGUCCUGACACUGAAUUUGGAGGAGAUAAUCAGUCAAUAGAGAUUUUGUGUGCUCUGAUUGACCCAAAGAAAAUGCUGGCCACAGCUAGUCGUUUAGAGAUAAUUGAAUUCCUCAAUAUCUUCUACAACCGUUACAUUCGUGUUCUUACUGCACCGCUUCUGGCUGAUACAUCAGAAGAAUGGUAUGAAAUAGGUAAUGACAAUUUAAAUUUUUUACCCUUUGAAAGGCCUUACAGUCCUGAUAAUUAUCAAACAGCAGAAAAACUUGCCUCAGUUUUGCAGCUGCUGUCUUUUUGUGUGGAACGGCACAAGCAUCACAUGAAGAUUUACAUUAUCAAGAAAAAUCUGCUAAGGAGAGCACUGGUCUUGCUGAAAUCCAAACACAAAUUUCUGGCCUUGUCUGCUCUUCGCUUUAUGAGGAAGAUAAUUGGCCUGAAAGAUGACCUUUACAACCGCUACAUCACCAAAAGGAACCUGUUUGAACCAGUUGUGAAUGCUGUGCUGGACAACAGGAGCAGGUGCAACCUGCUCCAGUCUGCCUUGGUGGAGCUGUUUGAAUUCAUCCGAAUGCAGGAUAUUCAGCUCCUUAUUGCACAUAUAGUUAAGAACUUCUCUGAUGCCCUGGAAUCUGUCAAAUACAUUCCCACAUUCCAGGGACUGAAGACAAAAUAUGAGCAAGAAAAAGACCGGAAAAAUGAGAAACUGAACAGUGUCCCUUCCAAAUUGCCUGAUAACACGGUCAAAGAAACCGUAGUCUUACCAGUGAAUGAAGAUCUGCAGGUCAGUGAAGGUGAAGAGAAGGCAGCUCCAAUGUCACCACCAAGCUCCAAUGGCUCCUGUCCAACCUACACAACCCUGACCACAGCGGUGACAUCCCCCAAGAGAGGUCUAUUUGAAGUAUUUGCUCAUCCUGAUGACGAAGAUGGGACUCUGCCAAAGAAAAGAGCUCGUCUGGAUUCCUAA